AUGGCCUCACAACUAUCCCUACCAAGAUGGGCUACCCUUCUUCUCCUCCUAUGCCUAGGCAUGGCUAAUGCCCACACAAUCAUCUCCUACCCCGGCUACAGAGGAAACAACCUCCACACCAACGGUACAAUUGCAGCCGCCGACGGCCUAGGUGCCGCCUGGAACAAGUCGAGCGAAUCUCUCAUGUACCCCUACGGCAUGCAAUGGAUCUACCCUUGCGGCGGCAUGCCCACAUCAACCAACCGUACCAAGUGGCCCGUUAAGGGAGGUGCAGUCGCAGUCCAACCCGGGUGGUUCCCAGGCCACUCAUCAGGCCUGAUCUAUAUCAACAUUGGUCUCGGCACAACCCCCGAGAACAUGAGCCACCCCGUCGUUCCUGUAUUCUCCAUCGAAGGCCCAACCAACAAUCCCUACCCUGGAACCUUCUGUCUUCCUCAAGUUCCUCUACCUGCAAACGUCAGCGUCGAAGUUGGUCAAAACGCAACCAUUCAAGUGGUUCUCGCAGCAAAGCACGGCGCAGCAUUGUAUAACUGUGUGGACGUAACCUUCGCUGAACCCGAAGACGUCGUCGAAGUCACUCGCGAUAAUUGCUUUAACUCCACCGAUCUCAAGUUCGACUACGUAUACACAACAGGUGGCGUCAACGCCGCGUCAGGCUUCCUCCAACCCAACACGCUACUUACUGUUGUCCCGAUAGUAUUGGCAGCGGUCUUUGGAAGCUUCGUGUAG